UCCGUUUCACUUAGCUUUGAGACUGGAGGGAGCCAGUGUUGCGGGGAGCAGAGCUACCGGUGGGUUUUCACCUGCCCCUCUUCGCGCUCUGCUCCGCCCUCGCUCCUCUGUGGCCUGGACUGAACACCUCUCUUAUUUGCUGUGGUAUGCGCUGCAAACCCAGAAACCCUUCCAGCCAAGACCUAAGGUGCGGGGACCGACGCCCACCCCAGAAGCCCAAACUCCCCACCCGCCGCCACGCCCGCCUCAGCUGAGCUGAGCGCCCUUCUGCUGCCGGUCCUCUCAGCCUCUGCGCUCCGGACUAGGGCCUGAACUCCAGGCGGGGUUCAAGUGCACCCGCGAGCACCGCGCGAGGAGCUGCGGCAGCGUGGUAGGAGGUGUCACCUGCCCUCCGGUGACCCUCCUUCCUCAAGUGUUUCCUGCUCACGGGUGACCGUCCUUGCACGGAUAUUCCCGCCCCAGUUGACCGUCCCUCCGCAGGUGUCCCCGCCGGCGGUGGCCGCCCGCCGGCCCGCGUUAUGGUAGACGUGUUAGUCGGGCGGCGCCUGGUGACCCGCGAGGGCGCCAUGGCGGAGGCCGAGGUCGCGCUGCAGAACAAGGUGGUGGCUUUGUACUUCGCGGCGGGCCGGUGCGCACCCAGCCGCGACUUCACGCCGCUGCUCUGCGACUUCUACACCGCGCUGGUGGGCGAGGCGCGGCGGCCGGCGCCCUUCGAGGUGGUCUUCGUGUCGGCGGACGGCAGCGCGCAGGAGAUGCUGGACUUCAUGUGCGAGUUGCACGGCGCCUGGCUGGCCUUGCCCUUCCACGACCCUUACCGGCAUGAACUGAAGAAGAGGUACAACGUCACAGCCACCCCCAAGCUUGUGAUUGUGAAACAAAGCGGGGAGGUCAUCACCAACAAGGGGCGGAAGCAGAUCCGGGAGCAGGGUCUGGCCUGUUUCCAGAGCUGGGUGGAGGUGGCCGACAUCUUCCAGAAUUUCUCAGGUUGAAUGGGGAAGGACCUGGGAGGACACCCUGGUGUCCAGCACGAGGGGAGAGGAGCCCUUGAGCCUUCCUUUCUCCGUGUUGUGUUUUAUUUCAUAAAAGGUGGCAGAAAGUAAAUACUAUUCAGGAAAAGAUGCUCGUCCCGUUUUGACCCCAUAGCUCAUUUAUAGAUAUUUUUAUUUUUGCAUAGUUUUGUCCAUCUUGAUCCUCAGGUGUAGAGAGCUGAGCUAUGGGAAAUCUAUGCAAAUCACUUAUUUGUACGUUUCUCAGGUAAAAUGAUCUAUUUAUUGAGAAAUUUUCUGUGAUCUAUCUCAUUUUAAUGAUGUGCAUUCACAACUACAUUUGUUAAUCGAGUUUGCAAACUGUACUUUAAUAAAUGAAUAUUUAUACCUUGAA